AUGUAAAGGCCAUUAACUAGUAUAACAUCAUCAUAAUAAUAAUCAAAAUUAUAUGAUAGUAGUAGUACAUCUUUUAGAAUUAAGGAGAAUAAGAAAAAUCGGUAAUUGAUUUGUAUAAUAUUAUUAGGCAAAUGCCAUAAUAGAUGCUUUAUGAUAAGGAAGGAUUGUAUGAGGAAAAUUUGAAGUUGAAAAAGGAAUUAUAAUAAGUGAAGUUUGAAUUGAAGAAGGAGAGACAAGAGCAUGCUAAUUUCGAGAAAUAAGUGUAGAAAACAAAUGAAACUUAAAAAGAUGUAAUUAUGUGUUCAUUUAGACAGUUUCAAGUCAUUUUAUCUUAGAGAGCAAGAAUCAAAGAGUAGGAUAAAUUAAUAAAGGAAUUGCAAGAUGAAGUUUUUAAGUUGAAGCGUAAUCCUGAAAAGACUAAGAACAAAGAAUUAGAGGCAGAAUUAGAAGAAUAAAAAGAAGCAUAUUAAAAAUUAUAGUUAUACAUUAGUAGUAAAUGUAGCUAAGAUGCAAAUGAAACAGUGAUGAUAAAUUAAUCAUUAAAGGAUUAAAUUCAAAUUAAUUUAGUUUAAGCCUAUAAACAAGAUAACUUAAAUUUAUCUUAAAUGAUUUUGAGUUUAUAAUAAGAGAAUCAUACUUUAUAAUAGAAUUUGUUAUCUCUUAAGAAUGAGAAGGAUAGAUUAAAUGGUAGAUUGAAGGAAUUGGAGAAAUAAUUUGAUUCUGUUAAUAAACAUAUGAUGUAUAUGAGAUAAGAAAUGUAAAAUACUAAAAAGUAAACUCCAUCUGAAGAUUAUUUGAAAAAGAUAGAUGAUUUAUAAUAAUAGAUCUAAAAUUAAGGAAAAUAAUUAUAAUAAAAUAAAAAACUAAUAGAAGAAUUAGAGUAAAAAAAUGGAGAAUUAUAACAUAAUUAUGAUGUAUUCAAAUCUAUGGAAAGUAAAGAAAAAGAAAAAUUGCAAGAUAGAAUUAAUAUGUUAAAAAAAUAGAUUGAGGAAUUGAAUUAAAAAAGAGAUGAUCUAGAAUAAUCUUAAGAAGGUUCACUAUAAUCAAUAGGUCUUAAAUAAGCUAUGGGUAUUUAUGGUAGUCCUAGAAGUAAUAAUAGUCCUUCGAAAUUGCAAUUAUAAUUACCUGUUACAAAUAAAAAAUAAUGUUUAAAAGUAAAUUCUUAUGACAUUAAAGAAAUCAUGAGCAAUUUAAAAAUAAAAUUAUUAAGCAAUAAUAUUGAUUAUGAAACAUAAGAAUAAAUUUUAUGUGAAGAUGAUGAUGAAUUUUUAACUCUUGAAGAAACUUAAUUACGUUUAUAGAAAUCACCUUUUGAAUUAAAUGAAGAUGAAUCAAGUCUAUUAGCUAGGUAUUUGAUUGAGGAUAAUACUGAAGAUCAUAUUCUAUAUGAUAGAUAGAGGACAUAAACAAAGAUUAUUAUAAAAUCUGUAUAUAAAAAAUUAUUGGGUGAAUUUAAUUUAUUCAAUGAAUCUGAGAAAUUAUAAAUGUAUGAAUACUUUUGUUAAUUAUUUCAUAAAUAUAAUUAGGGAAUGGAAUCUGCAAUUAAAUAAUUCAAUAUUAAAAAAAAGUAUUUAGGAAAUAAUUAGUGUGAAUAUGAAGAUUUUAAUGUAAUUCCAAAUAUGUAAUAUAGGAAGCAUUAAAAUAUUGUGAUAUCCUUUUAACUUCCAGACAGAGAUUGUAUUUGGAAUUAGAAAUAUUUUCUGAUUCUUAAUAAUUACAGAGAUUUAAUUUUUAGACUCUAUUUUCAAAAUUUAAAUUAAAGGUUUCUGAUUUAGAUAAUAGUAUUAAUUGA